AUGGAAUCUCUUGUCUAUGAAAACUCGCCUUUGGCGGAUUAUCUCCAAGGGGAGGGUGAGCACGACCCAAGCUGGCCCGUUCAGGAGGCAGAGAAUAGCGAUAUUGCCUCUGAGUCGACAGCAGCGGACUUCGCUCCGCGAGGAGCGUCAAAAUUCCAAGAGCGGAUCCGGAAUAAGCUCCCUAAACCACUAGACCUGAAGUCUUCGCAUCAAAGAGCGGCUCUAGGCAGACUUUACGACGCCUGUACGUCGGCGUUGAAUUCGCGGGUUGGACGAAGUGAUAAUGAGAGGUUUCUGGAACAAUUCGGUUAUGUCAUCGUCGCGUCGCAGUUGCUGAACGAGCAUAGCGCCCCGUCUUAUGCUUCGGCUGCAGAUGUGCUGUCCAGUUCGCGCUUGACAGAUCUUCCGUCAAUCUCAUCAACUUUCGGACUACAGGGUGCCGUUGUCACAGCUUCGACAUCCUUCUCUAUCGCUUGGUUGUUGCACUGGAGUCGUCCUCGAACGGGCUCAGGCCUGAACCCUCGGAAAGUUGGCGUACUAUUAGUCUUAGUGCCCGUAAUCGGAGUUCUGUUUUACGCAUUCGCUAAACGACAAUGGCUCAAGUAUUUGCGACAUCAAGCUGUGGAUGCUGCGGGCUUUUUUAUCGGCAACGCUCAAGGGUUUGAUUCCGCUGCUUCAGCAUCGGUCGUGUUCAUACAGGAGGUCGAGCUAGUCUCCAGAGGCUACCGCAUAAGCACGCCGUUGCCUCCCAUUUCUAGACUCGAGGAUCAAGCGCAAACACGGCGGUGCUUGAGGCUGCGUCGGACUGUGUCGGAAUGCUUCUACGCCAUGUUGAGACGGUAUAUUCAAGCACAACGCUCUUUGCAACCUGUCACGGACAACGACAACCUGGCCAAAUAUUAUGACAUCUACGACGUCUCGCAGGAAGAGCUGGCAGAGGCUGAAUCAGCGCUCGCUGAGCGGGCAAUUGAAGAUCAAUAUUCCUUACGCGCUCUUCGCACCCUAUUCGGACGGCUAUAUAUCGUGAGGAAGAGCAUACUCUGCUGCCUAUUGGCUUUGGGUGCUGAUGGUGGAGGAUCCGACAUCGCGCGAUGGACCAUCGCUAUCGAGCAAAUGCAGGACCUAGCCGAGGUAACCGGCAGAUAUACAGAGAAGAUGGCCAACAUUCUUAAUGAGGAAGACAGCAAUCAAGUUCCUCGUUCUCCCCUACCCACGGCUUCUCCUAGUAAGGAGCAUCUCCGUGCGCAAUAUCGGAAGCUUAACUCUCUCUCACAGGCAAUCCGUGCGCUUCAUGCAAAAAUGCAUCUCAUCAGAGAAAUGUCUAGUGCCAGUCUAGAACAAACGGAUGUUGAUGAGAAUGACGAGAAUGAAGUGACUCUGGCUUCUCACUACGAAUCAAUUGGAACGGACAUUAAAAACCUUCUCCAAGAAUGGGAGGAUGGUAAAGCCGCCAUCAUGAGCAACACCCCAGACAAACGAUUGAACGUGGAUCGCCUUUCGAGGCCAUUAAGUGAGUGGAAGCUGCCGUCGUCGCCCACUCCUAGCCUAGGCGGUGCCACGGCGGUGGAAGGUAGUCCAGCCGAUGCGCUUAAAGCUUUGAAUGGCGAAAGGCCGGAUUCCAGCAUCAUCCAUACCAUCGAUGACGAGGAAGAAAUUUUCGAAGCCGUGGCUCUCCCAGCCCGUAGCAAGAGACAAUCCUUGACGAGAGAGGAGCGAAUCGCUCGGGUCAAAGAAGACCGAGCAAAACAAGCAGCGGCACGAGAGCGCCUUGAUGCGAACACCAACAUGCUAAAGGAACUUGAGAUGGUUAUCAAGCAACGACCACCAGCAGUUUCGAAGCGGAUUACCAGCAUCUGA